GCGAGCUGGAGCGACACGCUGCUCGGCUGGAAGGGAGGAAUCCUCGCUGUCUCUCCGGGUCUCUCUCCGCUCCGAGCGUCUUCUAGCAAGCAAGGCGAGCCAGGAAUGGGAAAUAAAGCCGUCUUUAGCCAGCCCGGUCGGUCAGUGAAUGAAUUUUAAGCGGUCUCAGCGGAGUAGAAAACCUUGCUGCCGCUCGUCUGCAGUGAUGGACGUGAAGGAGAUGGUCAAAUGCUGGGGAGCUGUUAAGUAAAGAGUUUUGGAAAGGGCUUCUUUCUUUGGUUUUUUUAAUCCUCCUCUCUCCCUCCCGCGUCACAGUGUUAACGGCAGAGAAAGAGGAAAGGGGGAAGAGAGAGGAAGGAAGGAAGAUCGACCCUUAUGCCCAUACUUCUGAAACUUGAAGGUCCUGGGAGUCGGCUUAAAAAUAAGGGAGGAAAAAAAAGCUAGCCGGACAUGCCUCUCGCCCUUUGAGACGAAGCAAAGUGAGACAUUGUGAGUCUGCCAGUCUCCCAGAGAGCCGAAAGAGACAGAAUUUGUAGCAACAGAGAGUUCUUUUUUAGCCCUGCAUAUAAUUAAGCCCAAACACAAAGAAAGCUGCUGAAUGGAGGUUGUCACUUUCUGGAAAAGGGUGGGUAAGACACUUUUUAAUUUCAUUCUUUCGUGAAGAGAGAGAUUUUUUAAUUGUUCUUUCCGUUGCUGCGGCAUCUAAAAUGGACAGAAUCCCUUGCCGCUGUUGAAUGCUUCUGAACUUUAAUGCUGUACAGAUUUCUGCAUGCUUCUUUUUUCUUAAAAAAUACAGCCACAAAAGCAAAAGCAUAUCCCCUCAAGUGAAGUAAUUGGCCCAAUGAUUCUCUUAUUUUUGCCUCGUCCCUGUCCCUGUCCCCCUGUCUGAUAUACAGUAUGAUGUAGAAUUUGUACAAAAAGGGAAACUGACGGACAAAAGAUUAAAUGGACAUUCUGGGGCAUACUUGGGGAUAUUCUUGCUAAUGGAUUUCCUUCUUAUUGGUGUCUGCUUAAACUGGCUGCUAAGAAAGCCUCCGGGGUUGAUUUUCUGCACGCUGGGUAUCCUUUUCAAAAUGCUUCCAGCCGUGAAUAGUGGGUGUCCGCAGCUCUGUAGGUGCGAAGCUAGGCUGUUGUACUGUGAGUCUCUGAAUCUCACCGAGAUGCCGCACAACUUGUCGGGCGUGAUGGGCUUGUCGUUGCGGUACAACAGCCUUUCCGAGCUGCGUGAUGGACAGUUCACGGGGUUAAUGCAACUCACGUGGCUCUACCUGGAUCACAAUCAUAUUUGCUCGGUGGAGGGAAAUGCCUUUCAAAAGCUGAGGAGAGUCAAAGAACUCACGCUGAGUUCCAACAAAAUCACACAACUGCCCAACACCACCUUCCGGCCCAUGCCCAACUUGCGCAGUGUGGAUUUAUCCUACAACAAUCUGCAGGCUUUGGAACCAGACCUGUUUCAUGGCUUGCGCAAGCUGACAACUUUGCACAUGAGGUCCAAUGCCCUCAAGUUUGUUCCUGUUCGAAUCUUCCAAGACUGCCGCAGCCUGAAGUUUCUCGACAUAGGAUACAAUCAGUUGAAAAGCCUGGCUCGAAACUCCUUUGCAGGUUUGUUCAAACUCACCGAGUUACAUCUUGAGCACAAUGACUUGGUAAAAGUGAACUUGGCCCAUUUCCCCAGGCUCCUCUCUUUGCACUCCCUCUGCCUACGGCGGAAUAAAGUCACCAUUGUGGUGAACUCCUUGGACUGGAUAUGGAAAUUAGAAAAAAUGGAUCUCUCAGGCAAUGAGAUCGAAUACAUCGAACCUCACGUUUUCGAAAGUGUACCUCACCUUCAGUCGCUCCAGCUGGACUCCAACCGGCUCACCUACAUUCACCCGAGAAUCCUCAACUCCUGGAAAUCCCUCCUUAGCAUCAGCCUUUCUGCCAACUUCUGGGAUUGUGGCCGUAACAUUUGUGCCUUGGCUUCCUGGCUGAGCAACUUCAAAGGCCGCUACGACAGCAACCUACUGUGUUCCACCCCUGAGUAUGCCCAGGGCGAGGACGUCCUGGAUGCGGUUUACGCUUUCCACCUAUGUGAAGAUGCUGCAGACCCCACAAGUGAUGCCGACCCCCUGUCUGCAGCGGCCAACAACAGUGACCCCACGCUCAGCCCCAGUUCGGCCACCCUGAGCUACGACCUGCAGGAUCUCGGAGGGGACAGGACGACCGGCGCCGUCACGGUAACGAUGCCCAACGAGAACGUGGAGAACGCUGUUCAAAUUCACAAGGUGGUGACUGGGACCAUGGCCCUCAUCUUCUCCUUCCUCAUCGUGGUUUUGGUGUUGUACGUUUCAUGGAAAUGUUUCCCAGCCAGCCUUAGGCAACUGAGACAAUGUUUUGUGACACAGCGCAGGAAGCAGAAGCAAAAACAAACCAUGCAUCAAAUGGCUGCCAUGUCAGCUCAGGAGUAUUACGUUGAUUACAAACCCAACCACAUUGAAGGUGCUCUAGUGAUCAUUAAUGAGUACGGAUCCUGCACUUGCCACCAGCAGCCAGCCAGGGAAUGUGAGGUGUGAUUUAAUUCUUUUCCAGUGGGUGAUAUAACACAGUGUGCAACCAAAUAGGAGUGAGGAAAUAAUAAAAGGACAGUUGGAUGGGGGUUGACGUGUGCUUACCAAUGCCCUUGUUUGCUGAAAUUGUUUUAAAAAAAGAGGAGCUGGCCAAAAAAUAAUGAUAAAAAAGACUCCAUCUUUUAGCUUUAUUGUGGCUUAAAACCUUCAAGACCUUCAACUUUCAAAAAGAAAUGAAAUAUUUCUCAUAACAGCUUUCUUUAAAGAUCUGUCAGUAUUCUGAAAAAAAUCAAAAAUCUGAGAGUGUAAAAAAGUACGAAGUAUUGAUUU